AUGAUGCCUGCAGAUGACGAUGAUGUCUUCUCGCCGGACGAUAUGGAAGCCUACGACCUGGAUAAACUGGCUGCAGCUCGGGUUCAGGAUUGCGAAGGCGUCGAAGGCAUGGAUGUGCCGGCAGAGCGGGAGGCGACGGAUUUGGGCACCGGCUUGGAAGGCUUCGCAGGAGAAGAUCUUAGCAGAGUUCCAGGUGCGGAAGUGGAGAGGCCUCUAGGUGUGGAGGAAUUGGGCGAGACAGAGAGCCUUGACCCGGAGAAUCUCAACGCAGAGAGCCCGAGCAACAACGCAGAGGAGUUCAAUGUGGUUCUGCAGAAGCUUCCUGGAAUGAGGUUGGGGAUGGACUGUGUUCGGCUGGAAGGCGAGGUUGUCGUGCAGAACGUCGACGAAGGCAUGGUGGUGGGAGAAUGGAAUGCGAAGAACCCUGACAAAAUCGUCAAGGUCGGUGACGUUGUGCGGGCUGUGAACCAGCUUAGUCCUAGAGAUACGCAGACGAUGCUUGCGGAGCUCAGGAACGCCGUCGUCCUCAGCCUUCGCUUCGAACGUGGCCCCAGGGACCUGUCCAAGGCGAAGGAAAAAAACGAGGACCAGCCGUCGCUGCUCAAGCCGUCCGGAGGUGACCUGAUCCGGAUGGCGCAGAGGAAGCUGAUGGAGGAACAAAACCUGCAACGAGCUCAUGCGAUGCAAGAUGUCACAAGGAGUGGUACAACAGAGGCACUUCCUAAGCCGACAUGGCAGGCAGCGUCCGAGUGGACCUUGGAUGGCCGUGUCUGUGAAGAGGUGCCCUUCCUGUCGGUCUACGGCUACAAAGCAACGGACAAGCACAACUGGGACAAGGGGCAUCCCAUGCCUUCCAUCCAGAUGUCGGUCGACGAGCACGUGGAGCAGGCCGGAAACACCUGGUACCUUGUGCAGUGCAGCCUUCGGUUCGUGCCUGGUGGGGAAGACGGCACGGGGCCUGCAGAGCUCUUGGAGUGGAAGGCACCUCGCAGACUUCAUCAUUUGCGAACUGAUCUCCACGACCGAAUGAAGUACUUCAUGGAGGAGGAUUUCUAUGCCAAGGUUUUCGGAGAGACUCCCUUUGCAAGGCACGGUGGACUUCCCGGCACAACGGCGCGUCUUCGAGCGUGGCUGGAAAGGCUGGCCCAAGCCAUCAACCAGAAGGAGGUGCCACCGGAGGCUGCCGCCCUGGUGCUCCUGUUUUUCCACGCCCCUUUGCCUUCUCACGUUGAGACUCCUCCGGCUUCGGUGGACAC